UCGAACAAGCAAAUUAGUUUACAAAAUUAACGUUCUGCGCUGCACAAAUUGCCGUUGUUAAUUUUCAUUUAUUGCAGAGAACUUUUACACUAUCAGAAAAUGAGUGAAAAUGACGCGUCUAAUAGCGCUGGGCACAAGGUUUGCAAUCCUGAAUCAGCUCCGGCCAACUCAUUUGAGCCACACUCCCUGAAAUUCCCUUCCAAAAAUCGUGAAGGAGAGGAAACGCUCCGAAGCCUUGCAGACACAUACAUGCAGCGACAGAUGCAGGGUAGAAAAGAAAUAUCUGCCCCAUACAAGCAGGCUACGUACCCUAUUGAGCAGAAAGAAGACCUGCAGUAUUUUGAACGACAACUGAGUUCAAGGCCUGUGACCCUGAUAUCAGAAACAAUAAGCCCUUCCCGAGAUGAUUUUCCUUCUGGCACAUUUCGUGGGGCGGGGGCGUCGGAAAGGGAGAAUGGUAUACCACUCCUGGAGCGGUUCCCAUCACAGAUUGAAGAUGAGUUUGACGAGAUUGAGGAAGUGAAGGAAGAGUACAUCAAUGCACCACUCUUCCAACGUAUCCACAUCAGCGGGGAGGACACUUCCGGGAAAUUUUCUGGCCCGGUACCCCAGAAGGACCUUGAGCUGGCAUCUCAGAGCCUGGUGAAGGCGUUGAUGAUCCGGGAGAAGUACAUGGCGAUGGCCCAGCAGAGUUUCCCUACCAUUACUGCACGCUUCCUCCAGUGUCUCGAGGACAAGGAGGAGUUCCAGGCUCUCUCAGAGGGCAUCAGCACAGACAAGAAGUUACUCGAAGAUUUGCAACGAUUGAGAGAGCACCCGAUCAACGCCCCAAAAACACUUGGUGAUCCAUUCAAGGUGGAGCUACCGGAGGGGGUGGGCUGUAGUCUGAAGAUGAGCAAAGGGGUCGUUAAGGUGUAUAAAGACGAAGAGAGAAUGGCAAAAGACGAGCCAUUUGAGUGGCCAUACUGUGAUGUGAAGACAUUCUUGAGUGACCAGAACCUCAUGUACUGCUUCAUCAUGGAUGGACCCUUGAAGUCAUUUUGUUUUCGACGACUGAGCUACCUGUCGGGAAAGUUUCAACUGCAUGUCUUACUAAACGAGCUGAAAGAAUCUGCCGCUCAAAGAUCCGUGCCACAUCGGGAUUUCUAUAACAUCAGAAAGGUUGACACUCACGUGCAUGCUUCCUCGUGCAUGAACCAGAAGCACCUGCUACGGUUCAUCAAGAAGAAGAUCCGAACAUUUCCGAACGAAGAGGUCUGCAAGGACAAAAAUGGCAAGGUCAUGACCCUGAAAGAGACGCUGUAUCUCAGCCAACCUUCACUCUUUAAGAGUUGUGCUCUUCAAGAGAAGUCUGAUCAAGUGUUUGAAUUCAUAAAUUUGGAGCCGUAUGACCUAAGUGUGGAUUUGCUGGAUGUCCAUGCGGACAGGAACACAUUCCACAGGUUUGACAAGUUCAAUGCCAAGUACAACCCCAUCGGUGAAAGUCGACUGAGGGAGAUCUUCAUCAAGUCCGACAACUUUGUGAGGGGCAAAUACUAUGCUGAAGUCCUCAAGGAGGUCAUGAAUGACUUGGAGGACAGCAAGUACCAGAAUUCAGAGUUGCGGCUGUCUGUAUAUGGGAAGUCCCGGGAUGAGUGGGACAAGCUGGCCAAGUGGGCGGUUGAGCACCGUGUGUACUCCGACAAUGUUAGGUGGCUUAUACAGAUACCCAGGCUCUAUGAUGUGUACAAAACCAACAAGCUUGUGAACAACUUCCAGGACAUUUUGGAGAACAUUUUCCUGCCACUGUUUGAGGUCACCAAUGACCCGAAAUCCCACCCUGAACUGCACGCUUUCCUGCAGUAUGUGACCGGUCUAGAUUCCGUGGAUGACGAGUCAAAGACAGAGCACAUUAGGUUUGACAUGGAUUCACCAUCUCCAGAUGAGUGGACACAGAUGGACAAUCCCCCGUACAGCUACUACAUAUUCUACAUGUACGCCAACAUGGUGGUGCUCAACCACUUCAGAAGGGAGCGAGGUCUAAACACGCUUGUAUUCCGGCCACACUGUGGAGAGGCGGGCAACGUGACUCAUCUUGUGGCUGCCUUCAUGUGUGCAGAAAACAUCUCACAUGGUCUGCUCCUCAGAAAGGUGCCAGUGUUGCAGUAUCUGUACUACCUGUCUCAGAUUGGCAUCGCCAUGUCUCCGUUGAGUAACAACUCUCUCUUCCUCAACUACCACCGUAACCCACUACCUGACUACUUUGCAAGGGGACUAAAUGUGUCUUUGUCCACUGAUGAUCCACUACAGUUCCACUUCACAAAGGAACCAUUGAUGGAGGAGUACAGCAUUGCAGCCCAGGUGUACAAAAUGUCCACCUGUGAUAUGUGUGAGAUAGCCAGGAACAGUGUUUGUCAAAGUGGCUUCCCUCACGAGGUAAAACAGAAUUGGUUAGGUUUGAAUUACACGAAGGAAGGUGUGGUUGGCAAUGAUGUGAGCAGAACGAACGUUCCAGACAUCCGGGCAUCCUACAGAUACGAGACUCUGGUGGACGAGCUGAAGUGCAUCUGUCGCGGUGCGCUGUCAUCCAAUAUGUCCUCUUCCAAGAGCUCUAUGAAGUAAAUGGGAAGAAACCCAAUAGUCAUUGUAUGAGAAGGAAUUUGUUUUUCUCUUGAGAAACUUUCUUAUGCCAUGGAAUGUUUGACAUUCUCAGAUGUUUUAUGCCUCAACAUUGGUGGACGUGUAAUUUUAACCCCAACUGGUUGGCUAUGUUUCUGUUUUGCUAGCCAAUGGCUAUGUACAUGCUUUUUGGCUCACCUGAGCACGAAGUGCUCAAGGUGAGCUACUGUGAUCAGUCUAUGUCCGGCGUCUGUCAUCCGUUGUCUGUCGUCCGGCGUCCAGCGUCCAGCGUCAACAAUUGCUUAUAAAUGUCAUCUUCUCCUAAACGACUUGGACAAUCUUAAUGAAACUUUACAGGAAUGAUCCUUGGCUGGUGCUCUUUCAAAAUUGUUUAAAGAAAUAAAUUCCAACAUUAGGGAAAAACUUCAAAACUUUUCUUGACAAAAAUCAUGAGGCCUAGAGCUUAGAUAUUUGGUAUGUAACAUUGUCCAGUAGUUGUCUACCAAGUUUGUUCAAAUUAUGCCCCUGGGGUCAAAAUUGGCCCCAACUUGUGUGUAAAAAGUUCACUAUAAAUACAUUUUGUUAAAAUCUUGAUAGUUAUGUAAAGUUUACUCUUGAAGCAAGGGCAGCAAAUCUUGCUAUAUGGUCUCCCUUUCUGUUGAAGAGUGCAUUGUCUAUUUUUUUUUUUUUUUUUUUUUUUGUAACAAGGGAUUAUAUGUUAUAUUUAUUAAUUCUUCAAAUUAGUCACUUCUAUGGUAAUAAUUGUUCUUUUUAUAGGUUUAUAGGUUUUAUUGAAUGGUGCACUGUCCGUUGUUCUUGUGUCUUACACUAUUGCUUGUGAAAAUCAAAUUAUGCCUCUGGGGUCAAAACUCUCUAUGCCAUGAGGUUUCCUGUGAACUUAUCGAAAAAUCUUCCCGUCUGACAUCGCUAGACCCAGACCUUUAAUAAUUUGUUACAACAUCAUAUAGUGUUCCUCUACUAAGAUUGUGCAAAUUACGUCCCUUGUAUCAAAUUUGGCCCCACCCUUUUUGACCUACUGUCUUAUUUUUGAAACUACAGCGCAGAAAUUUUGACCAUGUUCACAAUUCUGUAAACAAAUAACAAUGUUGUGGUUGGAUGACCUUUACUCUGACCUGUUAGCCUACUUUCUUAUUUUUGAAGCUACAGCAAAAAUUUGAACCAUGUAUAGAGUUUUGAAAACAAAUAUCAAUAUUGUCCUUGGAUGACAUUGCUGUGACUUUUUGACCUUUUGUUUUAAGGUGUAGCAAUAACAUUUUGACCAUGUGUACAGUUUUGAAAACAAAUAUCAAUGCUGUGGAUUACCUUUAUUGUACCUUUUUGACCCUUCUUAUUUUUGAAGCUACAGUUUUGAAAUUUGGAUCAUAUGUACAGCUUUGAGAACAAACAUCACGCUAUAUUGAUUACAAAGGUUUAACACUUUUACUCAGGUGAGCGAUUUAGGGCCAUCAUGGCCCUCUUGUUUCUGUAACUUUUGAUCAAAUGUAUUCACACAAGGGGUGACAUGUUUUACUUACAAUUAAAUUCGAAAGGCCAUGUAGGGGUGGGGAGGAGGGGGUUCUUGUUUAUAUGACAUAGCCAUAGAAUUUUAUGUGUAUUGAAUAUGUUUUCUAGAAAUACAUGCAUAUUGAACCGUUGUCUAGAAAUACAUGCAUAUUGAACCAUUAUCUAGAAAUACAUGCAUAUUGAAUCGUUAUCUAGAAAUACAUGCAUAUUGAACCGUUAUCUAGAAAUACAUGCAUAUUGAAUCGUUAUCUAGAAAUACAUGCAUAUUGAAUCAUUAUCCAGAAAUACAUGCAUAUUGAACCGUUAUCUAGAAAUACAUGCAUAUUGAACAGUUAUCUAGAAAUACAUGCAUAUUGAAUAUAUAACUCAAGGUUGGGAAUCGAAUCGUACAAUUUAUGAACAAUCUGGUGAAAAAUAUUUCAGUUUGAGAGGAAAAUGGAAACUUUUUUAUGAAAUCUUUUGAUAUUUAAAGACUAAUGUGGUGCACAGAAUGCAGGUUAAUGAAAGCUUUCAUUUGAUACUGCUUUUAUUGCUGAGACUUGUGUAGUUAGAUCUGAAAGUUGAAAAGGUGACCCGAUUUUGACAAAAUAAACCUAAACAAGUUUCAGCAACGAAAGCAGAAUCAAAUGAAAGCUUUUACUUAUGCACAUUCCGUGUGCACCACUAUUUUUUAAAUGUCAAAAUAUUUCUAUAAAAAAGUACCUUUUUUCCUCUCAAAUUGAAUGAUUUUCCGCCAGAUUGUUUGUGAAUUGUCUAAUUAGAUUCCCUUCCAUGUAACUGUUAUCUAAAAGUAAAUGAAUAUCUAAUUGUUAUCUAGCAAAUACAUGUAGACAGAUAUUGAAUUCUUUAACUAUUAUGUAUAAGUACAUGCAUAUUGAAAUCUAAAUGCUAUUGAUAAAUACAUUAAAUAUCUAACUGUAAUCUAGAAAAACAUGCAUAUUGAAUAUCUAACUGUUAUCUAGAAAUAAACAUUAGAUACGUUAAGCUCGUUUUUGAUCUUCAAAAUUUUUGAUGGACAGAUGUUUGCCAUGUUUAUAAUAUUUUUCUUUCAAACUAAAAUUAUCAAAAACAAGUUUAAAUCUUAGACUGGGUUCAGCAAUAUGAUCAGAUCUGUGAUAGGGGUUGAAGAAUUAGAUUUAACAUAUCAAUUCUUUUGAAAUAUUAAUAAUUAUAUUUUUAAUGGUUAAAACUUCUUUUGUAUAUAAUACAUCUCCAAGUUAUUCCAAAAAAGUGGUAGAAAAGAUUGAAUAAUUGAUUCAGUCUAUAUUGUUAAGGAAGUUCACAUUGUUCCUUACAUCUUGGUAUGCAGUAAUUAAGGGUAGUUGAAGAAAUCUAGUGUGAUACAAUAUACAGUCCAACAUAGCCAGUGUACAGUUCUAGUGUGUAUAAAAACAUCUGUACACUGGCUAUUUGAUCAGACUUAAUUCGCUUUAACAUAUAAAUAGUAUUUUGUUGAGUUUUUUCAGUUUAUUGUUGCGAUGGUUAAUCUUUAGAGAGAAGGUAGCUGUGUGAACACAUUUUUGAUAUGUACUAAUAUGUAUGAGACCAAAAAGGUCUCAUCUCCCCUCAAGCAUGUUUUUGUUCUGAACUAGAAGAAGAUAAAAAAAUCUCAAAGUUGCAUGUUACAACUGGGCCUGUGUCAUGCUGAAUGUUGCCAGAAUUGUGUGAAUGUUAUUAGAUUAUAUAUAAAGAUUGUAACAAAAUGAAAACAAAUGUUGCAGUUUGACAUUUUAGACUGUGAAAGCCCAAACCUUAAAUCAUUCUAGUGAUGAAAGUACACUUUGAAAGAAGCCCUAUGUAUAUUGUACCAGAAAAAUACAAAUUUAGUAGUUUUGAUCAAGUAUUUCUUGAAAAAUCAUGGAGCAUUCAAAAUAUUUAUUUGUCCCAAGUAACGAUACAUGUUUUAAAAUUAUUUACAAAAAUAUUCAAAGAAAAGGUCUUUAAACGGUUUUCAUAGAAACAUAUUAUUAAUAGCUUUAAAAAAGUCUGUCAGUCUCCCUUGAUUAAUGAAAUCAAAAAAUCCCAUUUUCUCAUAAUUUGUAUCUUUAUUUCAAAUGGCAGACAGCAUUGAAGACUUCCUGUGUGUGAAUUGAAAGGGCUUACACAAACCAUUAUUACAAAUUGAAUCUACAAACAGGCAUCUUAAAAUUUAUCAAGACAUCAGUGUAAUUAAACUUAUACAUUCUAAAAUAUAUUUCACCAAAAAAUGAAAAUUAAUAAAACAAAAAUGCCACUCUUUUUUUAAAAUCGGUACAAAUUUAACAUAGUUUUUCAAAAGUCUUUAUGCAAUCUUUAUGAAAUUUUUCAUUAGUAUUCUGUAUGUGGUUAUACACAUGUUGAUCAGUUCAGCAGGGUUUAAUUAAUUUAAUUUAAUAAAGAGUGAAUAAUGGGACACAUGUAAAUACAAUCCCAUUUAAUACCCUUUGUCUCCAUCUCAGCAUUUCAUUGUUUAAAACACCAUAAAUUUGAUGCAUUUUGUUUAUUUUUUUCAUUGCAUUUUCUUUAAAAGAAUACCUCAAGCUGGAACCCAAUAGAAAAUUAUGAGAAAACAUCAAUGUUUUAGAACUUAUUUAGAAAGUCCAUGUAUUUUUGCUUGGCCGUCUUAUACAUGUAGUCAAUGUUGUUCUUCAUAAUCAUCAUUACCUGUACUCUGUUGCAAACGAAGGUGUGUGCUUAAGUAUUGGCUUAUUUAAGUGUGGAUUCGCAUUGUCUAUGAAGCAUAUCACUAAAAUGUUUUCUUUUAAUUCCAAAUUGCGCAAGCAUUCGAUUUCACUGCUCAAGAUGUCAAUGACAAGUAUAGAAUAUUUGAAAGAGAAAUUUAACUUCUUUCAAAAAAGAGAAACACAUUUAAAUAAAAAAAUUACCAACUACACGCAUUAUUUUGCAACAAAGUAUUUAUUUUAUUCUAGGCCAGUCGUAGAACAAAUUCGUUGCUAUGUUCAAAAUUAUUUGUGCAAUAAGUAUUCUUCACCUGUCAUAUGUUAUGUUGAAUAGCAUAUAUUGGCAGCUUACUUGAAGGUUAUACUGAAUGCUUCAAGUUUGUCUUCUACAAUGUGUGAGAGUGUUUAAAGCUCAUCUGAGCAUAAUGUGUUCAUUGUGAUAAGUGUGCUAUUGUGAUAGGGGGCUGUCUGUUGUCAACAUUUUCCUUCAAACAACUUCUCCUAAAUCACUAGGCCAAUUGCAACCAAAUUUCAUAGGAAUGUUCCAUGGCUACAAUUAACCAUUGUUAAUUUGUUGUCAAAAACCGCUCUACCUUUUGAUAAGAAUUCUACAGAAAUUUUUCACUGCUAACCCUAAAGCAUUUACUCAGGUGAGCAUACAGGGCCAUCUUGGCCCCCUUGUUUUUGUUUUAGUCUACACAUUAACUGCCAUAUUGGACCGGUAACAAGUACAAUGGGAGUAGCCAUUCAAUUACUACCCAGCUAAUAAACUCCCAACACUAUUCACUUAUACUGGACUUAUUACUGAUUAUAAUCAUGGCUAAUAUUAUAAGUAACGGGGUUAGUAGGUGCCACGAUAUGGGAUAUACAGAGCAAAGGAAACCAUAUCGGGUGAGAGCGAACCUCGAACCCUGAUAUGGUUUCCUGCGCACCAUAUAUCCCAUAUCUGGUCACCCACUAACCCCAUAACGUAUGUACCACGUUGACAACCUGAUUACAUGUUUAGAUGUUUCAUUUAUUCAUCGGAAUAUUUAUCGGAAUUUGAAAAUAGAUGCCAUUUUGGUACGAUAUAAAUUUGGUGACUCAAUAUGGAAAAAUAUGGGGUCACCGCGUGACCUGUCGUGGACCAAUGGCGUUGCAUCAUUUAUGUUGGAGGUUUGAUAUAACGUUUUACAGGAGUAUCCGGCUUAGGAGUGCAGAGGAAGCCAAAGCAUAUAGGGAACCGUUUUCCUAGCUUUUUACAUGUUGAUAGUUAAAUAUCAACUUCAAAAUUAUUGAAAUAUUUUAUCUUGAUUGGUCGAUUUUAGCAGAAACAAUUGUUUAGGCAUUUUUUGGUUGUCUAUGAUACAUGUAAAUAUUAAUACUAUGAAUGAAUUCAAUGUUGGUUGCAAAUAUACCAUGAGGUUUGGUAGUAUCUGUAUAAUCAAUGAUUCUUGAAAAACGGUUCUUACUAUCUAUGAAAUAGUGUAUCUGUGCUCUAAUUUUUUAUCUCAAGGUGUGUCAAAGAUUAAUUUGCAUCAUGCUGUUUUAAUAAGGUGUGUUAAAGAUUCGUUUGCAUCAUGCCUUCUUUAAUAAGUUGUGUCAAAGAUUAGUUUGCAUCAUGCCAUUUUAAUAAGGUGUGUCAAAGAUUAAUUUGCAUCAUGCCUUCUUUAAUAAGUUGUGUCAAAGAUUAGUUUGCAUCAUGCUGUUUUAAUAAGGUGUGUCAAAGAUUCGUUUGCAUCAUGCCUUCUUUAAUAAGUUGUGUCAAAGAUUAAUUUGCAUCAUGCUGUUUUAAUAAGGUGUGUUAAAGAUUCGUUUGCAUCAUGCUGUUUUAAUAAGGUGUGUCAAAGAUUAAUUUGCAUCAUGCUGUUUUAAUAAUGUGUGUUAAAGAUUAGUUUGCAUCAUGCAUUCUUUAAUAAGUUGUGUCAAAGAUUAGUUUGCAUCAUGCUGUUUUAAUAAGGUGUGUUAAAGAUUAAUUUGCAUCAUGCCUUCUUUAAUAAGUUGUGUCAAAGAUUAAUUUGCAUCAUGCUGUUUUAAUAAGGUGUGUCAAAGAUUAAUUUGCAUCAUGCCUUCUUUAAUAAGGUGUGUCAAAGAUUAAUUUGCAUCAUGCUGUUUUAAUAAGGUGUGUCAAAGAUUAAUUUGCAUCAUGCUGUUUUAAUAAGGUGUGUCAAAGAUUAAUUUGCAUCAUGCUGUUUUAAUAAGGUGUGUUAAAGAUUAGUUUGCAUCAUGCCUUCUUUAAUAAGUUGUGUCAAAGAUUAGUUUGCAUCAUGCCUUCUUUAAUAAGUUGUGUCAAAGAUUAAUUUGCAUGAUGCUGUUUUAAUAAGGUGUGUUAAAGAUUCGUUUGCAUCAUGCCUUCUUUAAUAAGUUGUGUCAAAGAUUCGUUUGCAUCAUGCUGUUUUAAUUAGGUGUGUCAAAGAUUAAUUUGCAUCAUGCUGUUUUAAUAAGGUGUGUCAAAGAUUAAUUUGCAUCAUGUUGUUUUAAUAAGGUGUGUCAAAGAUUAAUUUGCAUCAUGCUGUUUUAAUAAGGUGUGUCAAAGAUUAAUUUGCAUCAUGCUGUUUUAAUAAGGUGUGUCAAAGAUUAAUUUGCAUCAUGCCUUCUUUAAUAAGGUGUGUCAAAGAUAAGUUUGCAUCAUGCCUUCUUUAAUAAGGUGUGUCAAAGAUUAGUUUGCAUCAUGCCUUCUUUAAUAAGGUGUGUCAAAGAUUAGUUUGCAUCAUGCCAUUUUUAAUAAGGUGUGUCAAAGAUUAGUUUGCAUCAUGCUGUUUUAAUAAGUUGUGUCAAAGAUUAAUUUGCAUCAUGCUGUUUUAAUAAGGUGUGUCAAAGAUUAAUUUGCAUCAUGCCUUCUUUAAAAAGGUGUGUCAAAGAUUUAUUUGCAUCAUGCCUUCUUUAAUAAGGUGUGUCAAAGAUUAGUUUGCAUCAUGCCUUCUUUAAUAAGGUGUGUCAAAGAUUACUUUGCAUCAUGCUUACUAAUAAUGUGUGUCUUGUCAUGAUUAGCUUGGGUCAUGCCUACUAUGAUAAUGUGUGUCAAAGAUUUGUAAGCAUCAUGCCUACUAUAACAAUGUUAUAUGAGUGACAUUUUUUCUUGAACCUAUUUUGUUAUGAUCAAAUUUUGAAUUAAUGGCAGGAAGCCAUAAACACCGAUGUGAUACAUGUAGCUAUAAAUGUACAUAUAGUUAUAGUCGAGUAGGAGUUGCCAAAGAGGUCAAGCAGAUUGUAAAUAUUUGAUUGUUUAACUUAUAGGAUAUUUAUAUAAUAGUUUGGUACAGUUGAUAAAUGAAUCCAUCUUAAUGUUUGAUUAGAAAAGUGUUGUUCCCCUCAAUGGAUCUGUUUUAUUCUUGUGUCACUGAAUUUACUUAGUUUGUUAGUAAUUUUGUUAGACAGAAAUGAAUGUUUUGUUAAGUGUGUUUUGUUUUGAAAAUUGUUUUGUUAGAUGUGUGAUCUACAGUUUUAAUAAACAGACAUGAAAAAUA